AAAUGUGACAAUAAGUGCGCAAUUAAAAUUAAAUGCAAAUUAGGGAGAGUAAUUAAUGUGAAGAGGGAUUGAAUCUGCAGUAUUGGGGGAAUCAUCAGAAGAGAAAAAUGAGAGAAAAGAGUAAAUGCAAGGUAACAAAGAGUAUGUGGAAUUAAUGAAGGGAAAUGGGAGUAAUAAAUAGGAAAAGAUAAAUGUUAUGGGGCACCAGUGACUAACGAGAAGGUGGUAGACAAUACCAGUGCUUAAAUCAUGCCGAACCAAGUCUGUCUGGUGGCAGAAACUGAAGACUAAUUUUAGAUUUCCUAUGUAAUUAAGUACGAUACCUAAAUCUGCAGGUAGACAUUUAUUAACCAAGUCUAUAUAAAAUGUUCAUCCAAAUCAAUCAUGUAACUCAUGUUCCUAUUUAUGUAGUACGAACGUAAUAGCCAGAUCCAAUAACAGAAAUGGAUUCUCAGCUUAACCCUGAUCAACACUACAUCGUCGUGUUCCCCUUCAUGGCUCACGGCCAUCUCAUUCCUUUCUUAGCCUUGGCCAACCAAAUUCACCGAAGGACAGGCUUCACACUCAUCAUCGCUACCACCAAGCUCACCCUCCAUCAUCUCCGGCGAUCUACCUCCAGCGAAGAUGAUCACGAACACUCAAACUCCGGAAUCCAUUUCGUCGAGCUACCCUUCUCCAGUUCCAACCACGGCUUGCCCGACAACACUGGAACCACUGAGAAUUUGUCUCGUGCCCAACUAAUCGACUUCUUACACGCUUCAACAUCUAUGGAAACUCCUUUCCGUAACUUCAUCCGCGAAUGUAUCGGUAAACAUGGACGCCCUCCACUUUGUAUUAUCUCCGACAUGUUUUUUGGGUGGGCCGUCGACGUGGCACGUAGCUACGACACCGUCAAUGUCACUUUCCUUACUUCUGGCGCUUACGGCUCUGCAGCCUUCAUUUCUAUCUGGAACGAACUCCCUCACCGGAAAACAGAGUCUGAAGAAUUCGAGGUCACUGGGUUCCCUAAACGGUGUCGGUUCCACCGUUCUCAGUUACAUUAUUUCUUGAGAGCAGCCGACGGUUCAGAUUCAUGGUCAAAAUUCUUCCAAACCCAGUUGAGGCUUAGUCUCAAAUCGCACGCCCUGUUGUGUAACACCGUCGAAGAAAUCGAACCGCUCGGACUGCAAAUCCUCCGGGAUUACAGUAAACGCCCCGUUUGGUGUGUCUGUCCGCUUCUCCCCAAAGCUCUAAUAAACGACAAGUCGUUUUCACCUUCUUCUCCUUCUUCUUUCAGUUUUUCCAAAGAGAGUAUGUCGGCCGACAAGUUGUUCGAGUGGCUCGAUUCACAAGAACCCAAGUCCGUUCUGUACAUUGCGUUUGGUUCCCAGAAUACGAUCGGAGCAACCCAGAUGAUGGAAUUGGCAAUCGGGCUGGAAAAAAGUGAGAAGCCUUUCGUUUGGGUCAUAAGGCCUCCGGAGGGUUUCGAUUUGAAAGGAGAGUUUAAUCCAGAGUGGUUGCCAGAAGGGUUCGAAGAGCGAGCCAAGGAGAAGAAUCGUGGGUUGUUAGUUCGGAAAUGGGCGCCCCAGUUGGACAUUUUAGGGCAUAAGUCUACAGGUGCGUUUCUGAGUCAUUGUGGGUGGAAUUCGGUGAUGGAGAGCUUGAGCCAGGGGGUCCCGAUCAUUGGGUGGCCAUUGGCGGGGGAACAAAAUUACAAUUCAAAGAUGUUGGUGGAGGAGAUGGGUGUGAGUGUGGAGCUGAGUCGAGGACCUUCGGGAACCAUUGCUGGGGAUGAAGUGAAGAAGGUGAUUGAUUUGGUGAUGGCGAGCGAUGGUCAAGGAGAAGAGUUGAAGAAAAAGGCUAAUGAGAUUAAGUUGCAGAUACGAGAAGCCUUGAAAGAAGAGGGAGAAAGUAAAGGGUCUUCUUCUCUUAAAGCCAUUGAUGCUUUUGUUGCUUCUAUUGUAAAAAAUAGACAAGAAAAUGUCAAGAAUUAAUUUGGAUAUGAAUCAUAUCAUAUGAUAAUUUGAUUAAACAAUGUACUGUUAAUUUUUGCUCGAGAAAUAUAUAGACAGGGAAAUUUGAGUUUGUGUGCUUUA